AUUAUCUGCGUUGAUGAUAUCAAAAUUUUCAUUAUCAGGAUCAUGAUUUAAUUCAUAGAGUAUGGAACAAGAAGUUAAAUGAUUGUUUCAAGGCUAAAAUCUGGAUAAGACAUUCUCGGACUCGUGCUCAACUUUUUCUUUUUUCAUUUCUUAGAUAUGUUCUCUAGGAUUGGGUGAUUCUGAAACGACCCAUCACUAUAUUAAGUCUUAUGUCGUUUUAAAAUCGGCCGUGUAAAAAGUUUACGUUCUCGAAACGUAGGAAAUAUGGUUGUGUUUGCACUAACAUUAAUCAGGCAUGGGGAAACAGCUCAUAAUAAAGAUAAUGUAAUUCAAGGUCAAAUGGAUGUUCCCUUGUCACAAACUGGAAUUCGCCAGGCUGAAUUGUUGGGAUUUCAUUUACAAUAUCAACAGUAUAGUCAUGUUUAUGCUAGUGAUCUCACUAGGGCUAUGCAGACUGCUGAAAGUAUAAUUAGACAGAAUAAAUCCUACAAAGCAUCUCUGCUGCACGACCGCCGCUUAAGAGAAAGGAAAUUUGGUGCUGUUGAAGGUAAAAGUUUUAAAUAUCUGAAAGAAGCUGCUGAAAAAUCAAAUCAAAAAUCUGGCCAGUACACUCCUCCAGGAGGAGAAACUAUACAACAAGUACAUGAGAGAGCUGUUUCAUUUUUUCGAGAUAUUUGUGAAAUGGUCAAAGAGCGAAGUAAAGAGCUGCCAAAUGACUCUAAUGUUAAUCGAAUCAGUUUAAAUGGAUCUAUACAGGUUGAAAAUGGAAAACCUAGUGGUCAGAAGCGGAAAUGGGAAAAUGGAGAAUCUGAUAGUUUGCAAAAUGUUGAAUGUCAGAGCCAUAGCAAUAAUAAAAUUUGCAUAACUGAAUCCACAAAAAAUGACGACUCAAUUUCGGAAGUUAUUAAGAAAGGUGCAUGCAGUAUUUGCGAGGAUAAUUUAGACUCUGAAAAUGGAACUUCAGGUACUUCAAGUAAGAUUAGAACAUCAGAUAAUUUGAAUGAAAAUGGGACAUUAAGUAGCCCAGUUGAGAAUGGACCUUCCAGCUCUCUAAUUGAAAAUGGAAAAUAUUUUAUUACUACCAAAACUGAUCAAAAUGCAAGGCAAAAUGGUUGCGGGGGGAGUUGUAGUAAAUUUGAGAAAGUUAAUGAAAAGGGACAGUUUUCUGUGAUGUUUACUGAUGAUGAUAUCCGUUCACAGAUCAUGUCAAAUUGCAGUGAUCUACCCAAUAUAGAAUGCCCAAAUGUAUCUCUAUCCCCAUUAGUUGAUCAAAAUUUUAUCACAUCUCCUGUAUUUUGUAAUCCUUUACACGAGAGUGUUCGAGGGGGUUUGCAACAGGAACGCCGACUUUCUGUUUGUAGUUCAUGUGAUGAUGCUGACAGUGGUCCUACACUUAUGGCCAAUAUUCUUGUUGUUAGCCAUGGAGGCUGGUUGCGCGAGCUAUUUCGCCAUUUUGUAGAAGAUUUGGAAUGUUCUGUGCCUGGUGGUAGGAAACAAGCUCUUCGUAUUAGCCCAAAUGCAGGACUGUCUAAGUUUACUGUCUCCCUUGAAGAGCAUGACGGCCAUCCAAAAAUCAUAUGCCUUCAAAUUCAUGACAAACAGCAUUUAAUUUCUACAUCCUAUGCAGAUAAAACAUUAAACCCUGACGAAACUGCCCUUUAAAUGCCUUUCAUAUGUAAAUUAUUUUGUAUUUGUAAUAAAAUUUAUUAUUUGUGCUUUGAC